AGCCGCACGCGCGCGAUGGACUCUCUGGAUGUGUUCUACAGUGGAGACUACGACCCGCACGCUUCAGUUCCCUACGAGCGCGAGCCGCCCGCGUGUCGCUUCUCUCGCGCUGCUGAGUCGCACGCGCUGUAUCCCGACCCCCAGUACCAAGCGCUCCACCUCCAGCACACACAGCCUGCCGAGUACUCACCCUGCGACCUGCCGGCCUGCCAGCACGCGGGAGGAGAGCAGGACCACCAGCUCGGCUUGGGGUCUCCUGAGAAAGGACCAGAGGGUGAAGAGUAUCCGCCGGUAACCGAGCAGAGCCGGGGAGGGGAGGAGGGAACAGGACACGCAGCCUUUCCAUGGAUGAGAGCGCUGAGAACACAGGCCUGCCAAGCACCUGUUACAGGUUACUUCUGUGAAGACUCGGAGGAGCAUAAGCGCAGCCGGACAGCAUAUAGCAGAGCGCAGCUGCUGGAGCUGGAAAAGGAGUUCCUCUUCAACAGGUACAUCUCCAGACCGCGCAGGUAUGAACUGGCCACCAGUCUCAAUCUCACCGAGCGCCACAUCAAGAUCUGGUUCCAGAACAGAAGGAUGAAGUGGAAAAAAGAGGAGGCGAAGAAGCGUGGAAGUAAAGAAAGUAAAGAGUGCAAAGAGCACCAUGUGGACUGCACCAGCACCACAUGAGCGAAGAGACUGGAAUGGACAGGUGAUGGCCUUUAUCACACCUGCCCACUGUGGAUGUUAGGAAGGCCUGGACAAGAAGCAUUUCAUAAACACUGCACUUGGUAAAGGGUGGUAAAAGGCAUUAUAAUAACGUUAUUAUUAAAAUACUAUAUGUAAUGCAUGACUUCACGUCAGAAGGCCUACAUGUUAAAUUUGCAAGCUAAAAUAUACUAAAAACAAAAAUGUGUUUGAAUAAAAUAUUUCAAAGCUCUAAGCUUACAUAUAAGUUAUUUGGGAGUUUGUAUAGAAAUAUUUGAUGGAACUGUGUAAAAAAAGAUUAUUGUACAUGUAUAAGGUUUACACUGACUUUUUAUAGUGCUGGUAACAGUUAUUGGACAAUGUUUUUGUUGGGUCGAAUUGUAAUAUGUAA